CAAAAUCUAAAUUUGCAUAUUUUCCUUCACUUCACAUUGGAUACGGCUGCUGUAGACUUCGUGUUUGCCCGUUCAAACUAUCGUAGUUUUUCUCAAACAAGCAAAUACUCCUUGAUUUAUAAUUUUCUUCAAAGAUUUAGUAUUCGACAAAAAUGGCACUUCGACUCUUCCGUCUGAGCCAAGAUGUGGUCACACCAAUCAUCAAACGGGGUUGCGCCGUAUCGGCGUUUGAGCUGCAGCACAAGAAUCCAAUUCAGCGGAAGAUCGAAAAGAUUCCGGUGGCACAAUAUGGUGGCCGACACACGGUUACUAUGUUGCCGGGUGGAGGAAUCGGCCCCGAACUGAUGAACUAUGUUAAAGAGGUGUUCCGCUUUGCGGGUGUUCCAGUAGAUUUCGAGGUGGUGGACAUCGAUCCGUCCAGUGAGGGUAACGACGAUUUGGAGUACGCAAUCACGUCGAUCAAGCGAAACGGCGUAGCUAUUAAGGGAAACAUCGAAACGAAGUCCGAAUCGACGGGCAUCGUUUCGCGUAAUGUAGCGCUUCGUAAUGAGCUUGAUUUGUUCGUGAACGUGCUGCACUGCAAGUCCUUCAAUGCCAUUCCGGCUCAUCACCAGAAUGUCGAUGUCGUCAUUAUCCGACAGAAUACGGAGGGCGAAUAUGCGAUGCUGGAGCACGAAAGCGUCCAGGGAGUGGUUGAGAGUAUGAAGGUGAUCACGGUGGAGAAUGCGGCCCGAGUGGCACGUUUUGCGUUUGAGUUUGCUCGUACUAACAAUCGCAAGAAGGUGACCACAAUCCACAAGGCCAACAUCAUGAAGCUGGCGGAUGGUAUGUUUCUGAGAAUAGCCCGCGAGGUGGCCAAGGAGUAUCCGGAUAUUCAGCAUAAUGAUAUGAUCAUUGAUAACUGCUGUAUGCAGCUGGUGUCCAAUCCGCAUCAGUUCGAUGUGAUGAACACGACCAAUCUGUACGGGAGCAUCACUUCCAAUGUGUUGUGCGGGCUGGUAGGAGGUGCUGGACUGUUCUCCGGUAGGAACUAUGGUGAUCAUUAUGCCGUAUUUGAGCCGGGUACCCGUAACACGGGCACUGCCAUCGCUGGAAAGAAUAUUGCUAACCCAGUGGCUAUGCUGAAUGCGGCCGUUGAUAUGCUGUACCAUUUGGGUCAUCGUUACCACGCAGACAGUAUUUCCGAUGCGAUCCAUAAGACGAUCGACGCCGACGGGAUUCACACACCUGAUUUGGGUGGACAAAAUACAAGCACCGAGAUAGUUCAGAAUGUGUUGCAGCACUUAGCCGAGAAAAGAACAUACUGGCAACCCGCAAGCUGGUGAAGAGCUGCCUAAUUGGCUAUAAGAUGAAGGAAAUUCCUCCACCCUGCCAAAUUCGACUAAAUUGUUUUAUUUGUUUGAAAAAAAAGAGGCUCCUCUUGUUCAGCAAUCUCACCGGCCCUGCAGACCCGACUAAACUAAACACAGUAGACCAUUGUUUUAUCGAUAAGUGUUUUAUGUUUCUCUUCUUUUCGUUGAAUCUAAGCAAGCCAUGGCUGUAUGAUUAGCAUUAACAUUUGUACUGUUGAUAAUAUUUACCAUAACAUCUGUAAUAAAGUAAAUGCAGUGGCGUUCCUACCAAUGGUUAAAGUUACGGUUUCCAAAACCGAUGCGCAAGAUUCCGCACCUUUCUACUACACGAUAUUCGUGUGCUCAAACCACCGCGAUGCAGUUUUAUUUAUUUUCACAAAACUCCAGAAUCAGCCAAAUUUCAUACAUAAAACAACAAUACCCUCUAGUCAUUACCAAGGCGAACACGCUACGCCCGCGCUCCCGUGAACGCGAAGCGGAGCACAACCGAGAUACACAUUUUCAUAAAUAAAUCAUCCGAACAUUUUGUUUGCUGCUGGGAGUCGGCCGCCAUGCACCGUUCGGCGGCUGCAUUCACUGCGUCACUCUUCCGGAAGACGAAAAUAGUGGAAUUAAAUCACAACGGAAAACAUCAUCAGCGGGCGAGAACAGAGAUGAGAUGUGCAGCAACCGUACCUGGCUAAGUCCUGAAAGAAUAUAUAAUAUGGUGUUAUGAGGUUCAUGAAAACACAAAAAAACAUACGAAUAUAGUAUGACGCUCACCUUUUUUCUCAUGAAUUUUAUUAUCUAAUAUCGGCAACGUACUUAUCGGUGUUUUCUAGAACAUUGUGAACUUCUGUUUUUGGCCUUUUUUGUUCCACAGCAAGCCAGUACGAAAAAAAACAUUUUUAUUCGAA